AUGAUUUCCCUCAGAAACAUUUUAAUUUUCCUUUUCUGCUUUCAAAACGCAUCCGGCGAGUGUACUGAGUCAAGCUGCAGGAAAAAAGUUUCAACCAAUGGCGGAUUGAAGGAGAAUUACGAAGUGAAGUUCAAAAAUCACCUGCGCGAAGGCCAAGCUUCAGAGCUUAUUCUGAUGCGGGACAUAGUAGUCAAGCGAAAUGGCAAAUUUGUCACUCAAACUGCGACGCCUCUCAUUGUUGCUACGCGCAUCGCCAAUGGACAAGUCGUUGUUGAUGUCAUUCAGAAGAAUAGAGGACGAAAAAGUACGCUGGGAACAGCUCGCGGAUUCCGAAAACUAAGAAAUGGGAGCUUCACCGUCGGCGUUUCAGUUCGAAGUUGUAAUAAUGACAACUGCCAGCUUCGCGUUAAACUCAACGGAAAAGAUGCAAAGAAGAAAUUUGGUCGAAACACCCAGCGAAAAAACUAUCCGUUCAAGGUUUCAAGAUUGACGCUUUCGAAGGUUAAUUUUGUCGCAUGCAAGAAUAUCGAUCGAAUCCCAGUGACGGAAUGUUCUGUCCAGCCAAGAAUGAUUCGGCGACAGUUUUGGAAGAGCUUGUCGGAGCCUAACUGUGGCAGGACGUUUAAAGUCACACCAGAAGAAAUGCACGCGAUUCCGAGCUUCAUCAGAACGACUUUGAAAGAUGACGCUGUUGACAAACAUCUAAAUGAAUGUCUUUACGCAAGUGAAAAGCUCAGAAUCUCAAGAGAACAUGUCGUUGGCGGAGUGAACGCAUACCCUGGUCUCUCUCCUUGGACAGCAUCCAUCCGUGCGUUGAUAAAUGAUAACCAUCGAACUUGCGAGGCAAAUGUUGGCACUGCAACGCUGAUUGACAAGUGCUGGCUUCUAACUGCUGAGCACGUGGUUGGAAUCGGAAGUAAACUCAGUUCCUUCAAAGUUCGUCUCGGUGAUUAUUUUAACCGCGGUUCUUCGACAAUGCGACAAACUGCCAACUGCGAUCAAAACGACGAAAGAAUGAAUGGAUUCUUUGGGCGAGUAGAGAGCGAGCAUGAAAGUGAAAUCGAACAUUUUAUCCGACAUCCGGACAUUGACGGAGAGCAUAUCGAUGUGGCGCUUAUAAAGAUGAAAAACUGCGUUGAGGAUUAUACAAAAUAUAUUCAACCGGUUUGUCUCCCGGAAUCUCUGAAUGAGUUUAGUGAUGAUAUUUGUGGAGUUGUUUCUGGAUGGGGAAAGAGCAGCCCGACACAGGGCCCGUUGGAAACCCCUGCAGUUCUUCAAAUUACUUCUAUUGCGCAUAUUUCAGAAAAGCAGUGUAAAGAAGAGUUUGAUAAACAAAACACAAGAAUCGAUCAUAAAUUUAAAUCUGGGGUUAUUUUUUGCGCGGGAACACCAGACUCUAGUCCAACAACUCGUGACACUUGCAGUGGCGACAGCGGCGGUCCUUUUGUUUCUUAUGGGUUCAGGGAAGAAGAUGAGUUCACUGAAAUCAAGGAAGACUACGCGCGAGAUGAUAGAGCUGUUUUGCUCGGAAUAACUUCCAGCGGCGCGAAGAAUUGCAAUGUCUAUGGUUUCUACAGUCGCGUUACAAGCAUUAUGGAUUGGAUUUACGAAGUCAAAAUGAACGCUAAAUACAAUUGA